CAAGGUAACUCCAACUCCAAAGUGAGGUCUCCCUAGCUGAGAAAGCAAGAUUUGCUGACUUGCAAGCUUGCCUCCAGAAGAGCUCAACUAUUGAACAGUGUCUAGGAUGGCUAGCUGUGUUCACCUCCUCAUGCUGUUGACCACCUUCACUGCGAUCUUUGCCCAGCCCAAUGAAAUUCGCUCUAUCGCUAUCAAAGCCACUGAGGUCAAGGCUGAAGAAGAAGAUAUAAGGAAGACAACUGAGGAAGAAGGUCUUGAUCAGGAUCUGAUGGAGGAAAACAAAGUGGAAGACAUGAGAGAUAAAGAUGAUGAAGUAUAUUCCACAGACAAAACACCACUACAACCAGAUUGUGCAACAGGGUUCUAUGCACCUGAGAACGGCACCUCCUGUCAGCUGGACUGUCCACCUGGGUUUGUGCCUGCACCUGACGGUGCUAACUGCACCUGCGCACCUGGCCUGAACCUCUCACCUGAUGGGCUCACCUGUAGGCCAACAUGCGCACCUGGAUUUGUCCCUUCAGAUGAUGAGCUUACUUGCACCUGUCCAGCUGGUUUUGCCACUGCACCUGAUGACGGCUCCUUGUGCAUCUGUCAGGACAUCAAACACAACUGCAGCUGUCCAAACGGCCUUGUCCUGUCAGAAAAUGGCACCUGUUCCUGCACUGCAGCUGUCAGCUUCAUCAACGGAGAAUUCUUCUGCAUUGAAAAUACAACACUUUCCAACAGCACUGAAGAGGGUUGUCCGGAAGGGAUGGUCCCCUCUCUCGAUGAGUCAAACUGCACUUGUCCAAACAACUUAUUCUUCGAGGAAGAUGAAGCUACUUGUGCAUGUCCAGAAGGUCUUGUACUCUCACAAACACAUCUUGGGGACAUCUGUACAUGUCCUAAAGGUAUGGUGCUCAUCAAUAACGGCAGAAGCUGUGCUUGUCAAGAGGGCUUUGUACAAGCGGAAGAUGGCCAGAGUUGCGUUUGUCCCGGGAACUUGGUACUGCAACAGAGUGGAGAUAGGCAAAUCUGUUCCUGUCCAGAGAGAAUGACUUACACAGAGGACAGGCUGGCGUGUACCUGUGAAGAAGGGUUUGUGUUAACGAAAGACGAGAAAAGUUGCAAGUGUCCAGGCAAUCUACUUCUCCACACAGAUGGUGAAAAAGACUCUUGUAUAUGCCCGGAGAGAAUGGUGUACACGGAAGAUCAGCUCAACUGUACGUGCACAGAGGGAUUUGCGAAGACUGAAGAUGGUGAACGCUGCGUGUGUCCAGGCAACCUUGUCGCCGUGCAUGGUGGAGAGAGCGGGAUUGAGGUCUGCUCCUGCCCAGAAGGAAUGACUCUCAAAGAAGGGGCCACAAACUGUUCCUGUCCGAAUGGUCUUGUAGUAUCGGCAGCUGGACAGAGGUGCGAGUGUCCAGGCAAUCUUAUUCAGGUGAAGAAAGAAGAGGACGGUGAUGAUGAUGUUUGCAGCUGUCCAGAAGGGAUGACGUCAAAUGAGGAGGGAACAAGCUGCCUGUGUGCUGAUGGUUUGGAAUAUACUGAUGACAAGCUGGGGUGUGAGUGUCCAGGCAACCUGGUCUUUGAGGAUGAUGAUGAAAACUCCUGCAGAUGUCCAUGGGGUAUGAUACCAGUAGAAGAUGGCAGAAACUGCACCUGUCCUGAGGGUUACGUCCCCUCCCCCGAUGGUCUGUCCUGUGUCUGUCCUGGUAACCUGAUACUCCUGGAGGAUGACGUGACCUGUGGGUGUGACUACGGUCUGGAGCUGUCUGAUGACGGCCUGUCCUGUAACUGUCCCGGGGACUUAGAGUUCACUGAAGACGGUCUGGACUGUCAGUGCUCUGGCACCCUCAUCCUCCUAAACCUUGAGGGAGACUGUGGCUGUCCUGAAGGCUUUGACAGAGUCAACAAGUCACACUGCAUUGAUGUGAAUGAAUGUGAGGUUGACCCGAGCAUCUGUGGAAUGAACGCCACCUGCACCAACACAGAGGGUUCCUACACCUGCACCUGUUCAACUGGCUUCUACUUCGGCAGCACUGGCUGUGAAGAUUUGGAUGAGUGUUCCCUGAUCAGGCCUUGUACAGGCGUGUCUACCUGUAGGAACACACUUGGAUCCUAUCUGUGUGACUGUGGGCUUGGCUACAGGUUCUUUGAGGGCAACUGCACAGAUGUGGAUGAGUGUUCAGUUGAGGGAAGCUGCACAGAAAACGAGGAUUGUGAGAACAGCAUCGGCAGCUAUGAGUGCACCUGUCAUGUGGGAUACCAGAAACAGGGACAGUACUGUGUCGAUACGGAUGAAUGUUUUGAGGAUGCCCCAUGCGGCACCGUAGGAGUGUGCACCAACCUUCCAGGAUCCUUCAAAUGUGGCUGUCCAACUGGUUACCAUGGAAAUGGGAUAAUCUGUAGAGACAUUAAUGAGUGUAGAGUUAACGAGGAGAUCUGUGGAGAAGGUGCUGUGUGUGAGAACGCAGAGGGCAGCUACUUCUGCAGAUGUCUGCAGGGGUUUGAGAAGAUUUUUGCAGAUGGCACAUGUGAAGAUGUGGAUGAGUGUGCCAUACCUGGCACCUGCCCGGGUGACUGUGUCAACACACCUGGAUCCUACAGCUGCACCUGCAGACAAGGUUACACAGGGAACGGCACCUACUGUGAAGACCUGGACGAAUGUGCGGGGUCGGAGCAUGACUGUGACAUCAACGCUCGCUGCGGCAACACGGUGGGAUCAUACUUCUGUCAGUGCUACCAGGGUUUCCAUGGUGAUGGCUUCCGCUGUGCAGAUGUGAAUGAGUGUGUCCAGCUGGACAACAAUGCUGACUGUCCACAGCUGUGCAUCAACACCCCUGGCAGCUUCCACUGUGGCUGCAGGGAGGGCUACAGUAUGAUAACAGGCAGUGAUGACUGUGAAGAUGUUGAUGAGUGUGAUCAGGGUACAGCCGGUUGUGACCAGUUCUGUGACAACACGGAGGGCUCGUACGUGUGCAGCUGCAAACCUGGAUACCAGCUGCACAUCGACAAGAAGCACUGUGUAGAUGUGAACGAGUGUUUGAUCAACAACGGCGGCUGCUCCCAUGACUGCGUGAACAGUAAAGGGUCAUUCAGCUGUGAGUGUGGUCCUCAGCAGGCACUGGCAGCCGACAAAAAGACAUGUCUCAAUAUCACCACCUGCCAGGUGCAGAAUGGCGGCUGUGACCAGCUGUGUAGCCUAACGUUUGAUGGCUCAGCUGUGGAAUGUGCUUGUCAUGAUGGCUACCACCUGGCUGACAAUGGAUGGGAAUGUUUAGAUGACGAUGAGUGUGAAGAUGUGAAUGGCGGGUGUCAUCAGCUGUGUGUGAACACGCCCGGGAGCUACCACUGUGACUGCAGGGAGGGGUACUUCAGGACAAAUGCCACCAGGUUCAGAUGUGAAGCAACAUGUGACCCCAGGUGUAAAAAUAACGGUCUGUGCAUUGCACCAAACCAGUGCCUGUGUCCUCCUGGCUAUCCUGGACCACAAUGCACACCCAUGUGUUCCCCGCCGUGUGCACAUGGAGGCACCUGCCUCAGGUGGAACAGGUGCACCUGUCCACCUGGUUAUACCGGCAGAGGCUGUCAGCAAGCCAUGUGUGAUCAUCCAUGUCUAAAUGGCGGGAGGUGUAUCGGGCCCAACCAGUGUCAGUGUGAUUCUGGGUAUGAAGGUGACAACUGUGAGAAUCCUACCUGCACACCUGCAUGUGAGAAUGGUGGCAGGUGUAACGAGGUUAAUGUGUGCAUCUGCCCACCUGGAUACCGAGGGCUCAGGUGUCAAGUAGCUCCUGCCAUCUGUAAGCCAGCCUGUAAACAUGGUACCUGUGUGGGUCCCAACAAGUGCAAGUGUAAGGAGGGCUAUGGAGGCAGCAAGUGUGAGACAGCUCUUGUGAAAGAUUGUAAACCUCCCUGCCAACACGGUGGUACAUGCCUGCCCUUCAACAAGUGUAAAUGUGUGGAAGGCACAUCUGGGGUCAGGUGUCAGAAAAGGCACUGUCCCCUGAAGACCUUCAAGACUACGACUACCAGGGGAAUCCGUAAGCCAUACAGGGAGAAGUACCUGACACCAUGUGGGCCACUGGGCAGUAGAACUUGUACUGUGUACAGAAUCAACCAGAAGAGAGUAUACGUCCUGGCUUACAAGGUGGACUACAAGAUCCAGUGUUGAGGUCAUCCUACAGGCCAGUUGUCAGCUCUCUUACAUCUUGUUUCUUUCCUAAUCGUCUUUCCAGGCAAGAAAUAG